CUCGCAGAUCUGUGAGAAACACAAGACAGCUUUAAAAAAUGGGUGAAAUAUCUGGAAAGAGCUUCAUACCGGAAUCAUUGGCGGGGUACUCUUCGGACAUUGGAGGGCAAAUUGGGAUGGUGUGGGAGUUGAUAAAGGCGCCACUGAUAGUGCCGUUGGUGACGAUUUGUGUGUACAUUUGUCUGGCGAUGUCCAUCAUGGUUUUCAUGGAGAGGCUUUACAUGGGUGUGGUCAUCGUUUUGGUGAAGCUCUUCUGGAAGAAGCCUGAAAAGAGAUACAAAUGGGAGGCCAUGAAAGACGACUUGGAAGAGGGGAGUGGCGCUUUCCCUAUGGUCCUCGUUCAGAUCCCCAUGUUCAACGAAAAAGAGGUUUACAAGAUUUCGAUUGGUGCUGCCUCUAAUUUAUCGUGGCCUGCUGAUAGGCUCGUCAUUCAAGUUCUCGACGACUCCACCGACUAUCUCAUCAAGGACAUGAUUGAGAAGGAAUGCUUAAGGUGGGCAAGCAAAGGCGUUAACAUAAGAUACCAAAUUAGAGAGUCAAGAGGAGGCUACAAGGCUGGGGCGCUCAAGGAAGGAUUGAAACACGACUACGUCAAGCAAUGCGAUUAUGUCGUCAUCUUCGACGCUGAUUUCCGACCCCAACCUGAUUUUCUCAGGCGAUCCGUCCCUUUUCUCAUCCACAAUCCCGAUAUUGCACUUGUACAAGCCCGCUGGAGAUUCGUGAAUUCAAAUGAGUGCUUGCUGACAAGAAUGCAAGAAAUGUCAUUAGAUUAUCAUUUCACAGUUGAGCAAGAAGUAGGUUCAGCCACUCAUGCAUUUUUCGGCUUCAACGGAACUGGUGGAAUAUGGAGGAUUGCAGCAAUCAACGAGGCUGGAGGAUGGAACGACAGAACGACAGUGGAAGACAUGGAUCUUGCUGUCCGUGCUGGUCUCAAAGGCUGGAAAUUUCUCUACCUUGGUGAUCUCCAGGUAUAUAGCGAACUUCCGAGUACUUUUAAGGCCUUCAGGUUCCAGCAGCAUAGAUGGUCUUGUGGACCGGCUAAUCUGUUUAGGAAAAUGAUGAUGGGAAUUGCAACAAACAAGAAAGUAACUUUGUACAAGAAAUUCUACGUGAUCUACAGCUUCUUCUUCGUGAGGAAGAUCAUCGCACACUUCUUCACAUUCUUCUUCUACUGUGUGGUUCUGCCUCUCUCCAUUUUGGUGCCUGAAGUAUACGUCCCGAAAUGGGGAGCCAUUUACCUUCCUUGCAUCAUUACUGCCCUCAACUCGGUGGGAACUCCACGGUCGUUCCAUCUGCUGUUCUAUUGGGUGCUGUUUGAGAACGUGAUGUCCUUCCACCGGACCAAGGCAGCAUUGAUCGGGCUUUUUGAGGCGAAGAGAGUGAACGAGUGGGUGGUGACAGAGAAACUCGGAGAUAAGCUCAACAACAAAGGUAAGAAGAGUGGUUUGAGCAAGAUAUCUCUGAGGAAGCUGUUGGGAGACAGAGUACAAGUGCACGAGCUGGGAUUCGCAGUGUUUCUGUUCGUGUGUGGAUGCUACGAUUUCCUCUACGGGAAGAACAACUACUUCAUAUACCUGUUUCUUCAAGUCAUCACUUUCACCAUCGUUGGAUUUGGCUACGUUGGCACCAUCGUUCCCACUUCUUAGCUCAACUGCUCACUGCUUUACAAAGAAGGGUGAAAUGUACACAAGAUUACAGUCUUUGGUUUAUUUGAUUUGCAGUUGCGGAAAAGGAAUCUAUAUUCAUUUAGUUAUACCAAGAUAUAUCCCACCAAGUCGAUUAGAUUAGACAUUCCUUCUUUUUCUUUAUGUUUUUGUUAGAAUUACAGUGGUUUGAAAGUUGUUCACUCUGAGUCAUAGUUCAUCUUGCUUUGUAUUGUUAAGGCAAGAGAUAUACUUUUGAUUGGCCA